AUGCGUGAUUUGUGUAUAACCAUUGUUGAGGAGCAUACGAAACGUUUAAGUCGCAAUUUGGCCUUAACACAGACCAGACGCCGUACCAUAACAUUUGAAAAUCCGCCACAAAAUAAGGUUCUGGAAAUAACACAACCGAAUUCGAAGACGACGAUUAUCACACAACCGAAAUCGCUGAAAAAAUCUAUUUGUACAACAACAACGACCACGGAGAGGUCAUUACGUCCGGCAAAAAAUCCAAUAACCUCCACAGUGACCACCACAACAGUUGAUGUGCCGUAUAAAAAUUUUAAAAUUUGGACCGAUUACGAUCAAGACGAAAAUCUCCAACUUCACAUAAAGGAGCAGAAGGAGAAUCGGAAAUUGGAAGAUCGCAGAGACGUGGCCAUGCGGACCAUAUGA